AUGGCCUGCCUCCAUGAGACCCGCACACCCUCCCCUUCCUUUGGGGGAUUCGUGUCCACCCUAAGCGAGGCAUCCAUGCGCAAGCUGGACCCAGACACUUCCGACUGCACCCCCGAGAAGGACCUGACGCCUACCCAUGUCCUGCAACUCCACGAGCAGGAUGCAGGGGGCCCAGGGGGAGCCACUGGGUCCCCUGAGAGUCGGGCGUCCAGGGUCCGAGCGGAUGAGGUACGGCUUCAGUGCCAGAGCGGCAGCGGCUUCCUGGAGGGCCUCUUCGGCUGCCUGCGCCCUGUCUGGACCAUGAUCGGCAAAGCCUACUCCACGGAGCACAAGCAGCAACAGGAAGACCUUUGGGAGGUCCCCUUUGAGGAAAUCCUGGACCUGCAGUGGGUGGGCUCAGGGGCCCAGGGCGCCGUCUUCCUGGGGCGCUUCCAUGGGGAGGAGGUGGCUGUGAAGAAGGUGCGGGACCUGAAGGAAACUGACAUCAAGCACCUACGAAAGCUGAAGCACCCAAACAUCAUCACCUUCAAGGGUGUGUGCACCCAGGCUCCCUGCUACUGCAUUCUCAUGGAGUUCUGCGCCCAGGGCCAGCUGUACGAGGUGCUGCGGGCGGGCCGCCCCGUCACGCCCUCCCUGCUGGUCGACUGGUCCAUGGGCAUCGCCGGUGGCAUGAACUACCUGCACCUGCACAAGAUCAUCCAUCGGGACCUCAAGUCCCCCAACAUGCUAAUCACCUACGACGAUGUGGUGAAGAUCUCCGAUUUUGGCACUUCCAAGGAGCUGAGUGACAAGAGCACCAAGAUGUCCUUUGCAGGGACAGUAGCCUGGAUGGCCCCUGAAGUGAUCCGCAACGAACCUGUGUCUGAGAAGGUUGACAUCUGGUCCUUUGGCGUAGUGCUGUGGGAGCUGCUGACUGGUGAGAUCCCCUACAAAGAUGUAGAUUCCUCAGCCAUCAUCUGGGGUGUGGGAAGCAACAGUCUCCAUCUACCUGUGCCCUCCAGCUGCCCAGACGGCUUCAAAAUCCUGCUUCGCCAGUGCUGGAACAGCAAACCACGAAACCGCCCAUCAUUCCGACAGAUCCUGCUGCAUCUGGACAUUGCCUCAGCUGACGUACUCUCCACACCCCAGGAGACUUACUUUAAGUCCCAGGCAGAGUGGCGUGAAGAGGUAAAGCUACAUUUUGAAAAAAUUAAGUCAGAAGGGACCUGUCUGCACCGCCUAGAAGAGGAGCUGGUGAUGCGGAGGAGGGAGGAGCUCAGACAUGCCCUGGACAUCAGGGAACACUAUGAGCGGAAGCUGGAGAGAGCCAACAACCUGUACAUGGAACUUAAUGCCCUUAUGUUGCAGCUGGAGCUGAAGGAACGGGAGCUACUCAGGAGGGAGCAAGCUUUAGAGCGGCGGUGUCCAGGUCUGCUGAAGUCACACCCUUCCCGGGGCCUGCUGCACGGGAACACAAUGGAGAAGCUAAUCAAGAAGAGGAAUGUCCCACAGAAACUGUCGCCCCACAGCAAAAGGCCAGAUAUCCUCAAGACUGAGUCUUUGCUACCCAAGCUAGAUGCAGCCCUGAGUGGGGUGGGGCUUCCUGGGUGUGCUAAGGGCCCCCCCUCACCAGGACGGAGUCGCCGUGGCAAGACUCGUCACCGCAAGGCCAGCGCCAAGGGCAGCUGUGGGGACCUGCCUGGGCUUCGUGCAGCUGUGCCGCCCCAUGAACCUGGGGGACCAGGAAGCCCUGUGGGGCUAGGAGGGGGACCCUCCGCCUGGGAAGCCUGCCCUCCCGCCCUCCGUGGGCUCCACCAUGAUCUCCUGCUCCGAAAGAUGUCUUCAUCAUCGCCAGAUCUGCUGUCAGCAGCAUUGGGAGCCCGGGGCCGGGGGGCCACAGGGGGAGCUGGGGAUCCUGGCUCCCCACCUCCAGCCCGGGGAGACACGCCCCCAAGCGAGGGAUCAGCACCUGGCUCCACCAGCCCGGAUUCACCAGGGGGAGCCAAAGGGGAGCCGCCCCCACCAGUAGGACCUGGUGAUGGUGUAGGGCUGCUGGGAACUGGAAGGGAAGGGACGGCGGGACGGGGAAGCCGGGCUGGGUCCCAGCACUUGACCCCAGCCGCACUGCUGUACAGGGCUGCCGUCACCCGAAGCAGCCAGAAACGUGGCAUCUCAUCAGAGGAAGAGGAAGGAGAGGUGGACAGCGAAGUGGAACUGACCUCAAGCCAGAGGUGGCCUCAGGGCCUGAAAAUGCGCCAGUCACUAUCUACCUUCAGCUCAGAGAAUCCAUCGGAUGGGGAGGAAGGCACAGCUAGUGAGCCUUCCCCCAGUGGCACGCCUGAAGUUGGCAGUACCAACACAGAUGAGCGGCCAGAUGAACGGUCUGAUGACAUGUGCUCACAGGGCUCAGAAAUCCCACUGGACCCACCAGCUUCUGAGGUGGUUACUGGCCCAGAACCCAGCUCCUUGCCCGUCCCACACCACGACCUACUCAGAGGGGAGCAGGGCCCUCCCAAGGCUGAGGACUCAGACUGUGACAGCACUGACCUGGACCCCAGCAGUGGUGAAGCCUUGCGGCCCCCAGCCUCCCUCCCUCCAUGAAAGCCACCCUAUCCCUGUACAUAGAGAAAUAUUUAUAUAAGUAAUAUAUAUGCGCCACAUAAUCAAUAAAGACAGGGCUGUCCCAGCCUUAAGUUGGGCUCGAGGGAGACUGACCCCCUAACCAAGUCACCUGAUAACUCUCGGGACACUGGCAGCUGUGGAAAUGAAGGAUGAACACUGCCCUAGAGACAUGGUUAAGGGCAAACUGGCCCCUUCCUGCUUUGCCCCCGUGAGUUCAGCCAGUGGUGAGGCAACAUGAAAGCCCAACUUGCCUAUGUUCCUUUACUUUUUCUGCCCAGACCCUAAGGAGCAGGAAAGGGAGCCAUUUAGACUGCACUUUUUUUGGUUUUGUUUACUCUGUUUACACAUUUUGCACUUGGGAGGAGGGAGGCUAAGGCGGGGUCCUCCCCUCUGAGGUUUCUCAGGUGGCAGUGUAAUUUCUUUGUCCCUCCAUUUCUCUGCCCAAGCCCUGGCUUAGGGCCUAGGGGAGGCCAGGAGAUUGUGAAAGCAUGUGAUGGCUCAGGCUGAAGAACUGGGGUAU